GCGCCAUUGGCUGAGGGUCAACUCCACCGCCCUCCGCCGCGAGCCACAGCAUCCCGACGCAAAGCAGCGCUGUUUCAAGCAACCUCGUCACGGUCAUCAUCUUCUUACCUUUAAAUACAUCAAACCACACGUACACAAAGCUGUUCACGUGGGUGUGCGCGUUUUCUUUUUCUUGCACUGGCGGCUCGUUUCGACGAUGGCCGAGAGCGAGGCAGAUACGCCGAGCACGCCGAUUGAGUUUGAGAGCAAAUACUUCGAGUUUGAUGGAGUGCGGCUGCCGCCCUUCUGCAGGGGAAAGAUGGAGGAAAUCGCCAACUUCUCCCUUAGAAGUAGCGACAUAUGGAUUGUGACGUACCCAAAGUCAGGCACCAGUCUACUUCAGGAAGUUGUGUAUCUAGUGAGUCAGGGAGCAGACCCUGAUGAGAUUGGCCUUAUGAACAUUGAUGAACAGCUGCCUGUUUUAGAAUACCCACAACCUGGGCUGGACAUCAUACAGGAGCUGUCGUCACCUCGUUUGAUCAAAAGCCAUCUUCCCUAUCGAUUCCUCCCUACAGCCAUGCACAAUGGAGAGGCUAAGGUGAUCUACAUGGCUCGAAACCCUAAGGAUUUGGUGGUAUCCUACUACCAGUUUCACCGCUCUCUCAGGACCAUGAGCUACCGGGGAACCUUCCAGGAAUUCUGCCGGCGCUUCAUGAAUGAUAAACUGGGAUAUGGUUCCUGGUUUGAACAUGUUCAGGAAUUUUGGGAACACCGGAUGGAUUCUAAUGUCCUUUUCUUGAAAUACGAAGACAUGUACAAGGAUCUGGGGACAUUAGUGGAACAACUGGCACGUUUCCUGGGUGUCUCCUGUGACAAGGCUCAGCUGGAAGGCAUGGUGGAGAGCUGCAACCAGCUCAUUGAGCAGUGCUGCAACUCAGAGGCACUGUCCAUGUGCAGAGGUCGUGUUGGUCUGUGGAAAGAUAUCUUCACCGUGUCUAUGAAUGAAAAGUUUGAUGCAGUAUACAGACAGAAGAUGGGGAAGUCCGACUUGACCUUUGACUUCUGCCUGUGAGGAACGCCUGACCAUCUCUCCGUAUCGCCUCCCGACUCACUUAUCUAUGCUAGCUCAUUUCCUGUCGAAACCCAAGCUCCUACAUCUUCCCUCAGUCAAUCUGAAGUUCAAUAGUUCAACCUAACAGUGAGCUCUCACUAAAAGACUUUUCACAUAUGCAAUCCCAUGUCAGCAGAAAUCAGAAGUCACACUGUUGUGGAGAUUACCGAAUUUUUUAAAUCAAUAGUUAAACCAAAUCUCCCUCAGCCCCUACCUCCACUGCUGUGUGUGUUUAUAGUAUAUAUCGACUAGAUUAGGGUCAGCCACUGAACUGAAGUCUUGGUGGGUGGAUUCAUAACAGGAAUUUAACCUGUAUGCAGAUAUUUGUGAUGAAAAAUGUUGGAAAUGAACGAGGAAAGUUGUUAUAGCUGUCCUCAAACAUGCUAAGGACAACACUAACGAUGUUGAGUCGGCACUAGUUGAAGGAAAAAAAACCAUACUUUGAACCACCAACUGUUUGGCAGCAUUAUGGACACGACCUCAAGCUGUUGUCAAAGAGUUGUAUGUUUACCAUAAGUCCAGAAUAUUCAGGAGCCACAGUCAUUUAUCGCUGUGGCCAUUUGACAAACAUAAGCUCUGUUUUGUUCUCCGCUAAAAUAACGAUGAAAAAUAUCAGGUAGACGAAUAGUGCUCGCCAUCAACAUGUAGGUAAGACUGUGUGAGGGCAGUCGAUAGGCGCAGCAGCAGCGUAUUUCUGGAAAUGGGUUAGAAAAAAACAAAACGAUGAGCUACAAUGCUAAAAACGUCUUCAUCGGGUUGUCGCUAUGAGCCACAACUUUGAGAUUACACAAAAUGUUUUGACCAGUUGUUACUGUAAACAUAUUUACCACGCAGUCUGCCAGAUCUUUUAUUUGUGGUCUAUAUAAAAUACCUUUAUUUAAACAGGGAAGGCUUUGAGAGCAGGCUCUCUUUUACAAGGACCCCCUGGUUAUGACACACAUGAAAACAUUUACUUUUAAUCAUUACAUAAAAAUAAUAUAAAGAAACCUCUUGAAUUAUGUAUAAAAUCAUAACAGAUAGAAACUGAAUAAAACAAAAAUAAUAUUGCAUCAGAAAGAAGCAAGUAUGAUGCAAAUAUCCAUAAUCGAUUUAUUGCAGCAUUUUCCUACAUUGUUAUUAUUGUGAUAAAUUUAAGGGACUAAACAGUCUUGGUACCAAGUAUAGUGUGAAGUUGAAAUAUAAGCAAGAAGACACAUCCAAUAUUCCCAUGAAGUUUGCCAAUAAGAGCUCUGUAAAUAAAUGAAGUCCAGUGUUGUUCUCGUCUCACUGCCAGCAGCUGCUACCUUGCUUUCUUAUAUAAAGCAUUGUAAUGUUUUCUAAAUCUGCUCCCAGAUUUGAAACUGAGGGUGGAAUGAGGCCGAGUCAGGGGAAAGCAUAUCGAUGAUUUCAACACGAUUCAAAACAAAUAAAUCAUUUGCUUUCUGCAUCACUGGGAAUACAAGCCUUAAUUUAUAGAACAAUGUCAGCUUUUCUGUGAAAGACAUUUUUAUUCCACUAAUAUAAUUUGAAAGCAUAACUUGUCAUUAAGGCAGAAAUCUGGGUAUUUCCAGCAGGUGUCCUGGUAAAAGUAGUAAAACUCACUACAGUGUAACUAUUAACCAUCCUCCUGAUGUCAGCAAACAUUUGGUGCGAGUUCAACAAUUAUUUUUAGAUUAAUUAACGUUUAAAACUGCUGGGCGAUUAGAGGGCUCUGCUCUGCAUCAGCUACAGAUAUUUGGACAUGUCUGAUGUGAGUGUGUAUGAGAUGUGGAGAGGGACAACUGUCUUAUUAAUCCUCAAACAUGUCACCCGAGUACAUCAGGGCCCCGUCAAAUUCAUUGACUGUGUCUAGAGCCACACAGUAGUGGUUGGGUCAGGUCUGGAAACAUUGACAUAAAUGGAUAUUUAUGCCAUCAAAUUCAUCUAAAACAGCUUUUGUCACAUAAAAGAAUUGCAAUACUGGAUUUAAAGAAGUUAUGUUAUCUGCAGUUUAGCUGAAAGUAAUGGAAUGUCGCCCUCUGGCGGUCUAAAUGGGGAGCUGCACUCACUUGCAUAUGUCGUGUUUUAAAGGCAGUUUUGGGCAUCAUAAUUGAUGUUGGGUCACCUGGGGGUGACCUGAUGACAGAGCUGACACACCAGAGCUGAGCUGAAGCAUAAGGAUCAUUUGGAGUGCAUUAUUUCUUUUUAAAUUACUUUUAAGCUUUGACAAAAAUCGGUGUUGGGGACACAGAUCUGUUGGACUCAUCGUAAAUCCCUACUGCUAAUCCCACGCAUUUAAUCUUAUGCGUGGGGCCAGUUGUUGCAACAUACGCACAAAAUAUAACCAGUUUCUUUUUUUCUCUACAAAUAAGGGAACACAAAGGGAAUCAAGCCUGUACCACCACAGUGGACAGUAAAAUGUUUUUUUCUCAGAAAUGUCAGGUUUAAGAGGGGUGGGCAGAAUAUUAACCCAUAACCAGCACUAACUGUGUUCUGCUACUCAGUGUAGGGCAACAACAGCACCACUGUCUAACUGGAGUCAGACUGGAAUCAACCUGAGCAUCACUUCCACACAGUAUAGCACCUUCUACUCCUUCUCAUCCUCUGUUGCUGCAGUAGUUCAUGCAGACUAGUCCCUGCGCUCUACCUGACACAUGUGAAUGUCUUUAUUGUGUGGAUGUACACUACAACCUCAGCACAACUCUGCACAUUCGGUUUUUCAUUGUUCUUAUUUCCUACUGUAACACUGUUUACAACCAUUGGCAAGGCUUUAGCAAGUCCAACUCCACCUAUCUUUUUAUUUGGGGUUUUUAUACAUGCCUGUCUCUGUUUCAGGACAUCCUUUUAUUGUAUUUGACAUGCUUUGCUUGCUGGUUUAUUAAUAAAGUAAUGUCUUCAUGUGA